AUGGCUAUUGCAAUCACGCCCUUUGAAGGUCUUUGUGGCUUCAGGCCGCUUGGAGAGGUUACCCAUUAUUUGAAGGAGGUCAAACCUUUCCGUGACCUAGUGGGCGAGGAUGUGGCAGCAGCUUUUUUUGAAGCUGUCUCAGGCCACGAGACCGAUGAUGACCCUGCAUUUGUGGAGCGCAACAAAAUUGCUUUGAAAAACGCCUUCUCGUCCCUCAUGUCAGCAUCUCGGCCAGCGCUCGAGAGCGCCACAGCUUCACUACUAGCUUCCGUCUCGGCAGACCCCACUGGAUUUGCCGGCGGUGGUGUAGAUGCGACGUCUAGCGACAUCAUCUCGGAACUGAUCAAACGUCUUUAUGGCGAAUUUGGAGUAGAUUACGGCAUUUUCAAUCUAUUUUUCCUCAAUUAUGUCACUCUAGAGCCAGGCGAAGCCCUAUUUUUACAGGCGGACGAUAUCCAUGCCUACAUAUCGGGAGACAUUGUGGAGUGCAUGGCAUCUUCUGAUAAUGUUGUCCGCGCGGGCUUCACACCGAAAUUCAAAGACGUACCUACGUUGACUUCGAUGUUGACUUACAACUACGCCCCGAUCGAUCAGCAGAAGAUGCAUCCGGUGGACUACCCUUACGUCGCAUUGAAUCGCGCAGCCUACAGCUCGGGCUCUGAAUGCAUUCUUUACGAUCCUCCUAUACAAGAGUUCAGUGUAUUGCGGACGUCCUUGAAGAGCCAGGGAUCGAGGGUGACGUUUGAGCCUUUAGCUGGUCCUACUGUUGCCAUUUGCACGGGCGGUAAAGGCCGUAUUUCAGUGGGAUCCAAAGUUGCGAUUUUUUCCGAAGGGAACGUAUUUUUUGUUGGUGCUACAGCAGAGGCUAUUCUCGAGGCCAGUAGUUUGGAGGAGGAUGAAGCCUUUGUUGUAUUUCUGGCUUUCUGUGAGAUGGAAGACCACAGCAACGGCAAUUAA